AUGACGACUCUCAACAUAACAACUCCUGCUACGGUCGAGCAACCGCAGCCUUCUUCAACAUCCGAAUUCGACAUUGUCGAAACAUACCGCGGGCUUCUGUUGACGGACCCCGAUCUCACCAAACCCGUCGCCGCUAUCGAGUCUCUCAUCGCCCUCCUUAACGCCCACCCUUCCACCACCGUUUUCGAGAUUCUCGACACCGUUAAAGUUCAUUCCGACCGUCUCAAAGCCUCCGUUGCCAACCCCGUGCCGCUCUCCGCCGGAACCGAUCUCUUCCUUCAGUACCUUGUCUCUUCGCUGCGCCAGCAAGAUGGCAGCUUCGACGCCGUGAGGCAGCAUCUUCUUCGCAACGGACGACUCUUUGCCCAGCGAGCUAACGCCGCGCGUGAGGGCAUUGCGGACGCAGGAUGGAGACUGAUUCGUGAGGGCCAAUGUAUUCUUACGCACGGUGCUUCGAGAUCAGUUGUUGGAAUUCUGGAGCGUGCGGCACAGAACCUCGGCGCUGGAAAGUUCAAGGUCAUCUACGUGCGCGAGGAGACCCGCGUGGAGGAGAGCGAUCGCAUAGUUCGCGAGCUCCGCUCCAAGGGUAUUCCGGUCGCCGAAAUCGCAGAGGCUUCAGUGGCGUAUGUGAUGGGUCUGCUGCGCCAGGUCAAUAUGGUGCUUGUGGGUGCUGAGGCCGUCACAUCCAACGGCGGUAUCAUCUCUCGUAUGGGAACGUUGCAGCUCUCUAAGCUGGCGGCCCAGGCCAACCUCCCCUUCUUCGUCGCUGCCGAGACACACAAGUUCGCCCGAAAGUUUGUCAUGGACCAGCGGGAUAUUGGUUUCAAGCAGGAUAUCCUUGACUUCAGUAUUGAUACCAAGAGCAAGGAUACCGUUGAUGCUGUUGACUUUACUCCUCCUGACCUCAUUUCCAAACUCAUCACAGAAAACGGUAUUAAGCUUCCUGGUUACGUGUUUGAGCAGCUUCUCGAUAUCUAUGGUAGUCUCAACGGUUGA